AUGAUACCUCCUAGUGAUGGUUUUGACGAGUUGCCACUCUCUAUUUUUGCAUAUGGUCUCUCUACGCCAAACACACUUAUUGAGGAAUUUGUAGCUGAUCUUCAAGACCAGCCGGUUGACAGCCUGGUGCGCUUGUUCCCUGCGGCCUUAUCGGCCGAGGGCAGUGGUGGGGGUGUUAUCUACCACCAAAGCUUUCAUCGCGUCGCGAUCUUCAUGCAUCUUGAUGACUGGGGCUACGGGUUUCCAGUUGAGGAUCAUCCAGACGUUUGGAACCCACUAGAGACACUGCUCUCUCACUGGAUCGACCUUAUUCAUAUCGGAAAAGUUGUGGCUUCGCCUCAUCAAGAGCCAGCUCUAUUCGACUUCGAGAAGCUCGGGCCCUGGGAGUGGCGACCCUAUAGCGAAGCCCAGGUUACUACUUGUGUCGACGCGUGGGAUCGGCUGUGUCAGGCCAUCGAGGCGCGCAUCUCGCAGCUGUCAAACCCACCAUCACUGAUCAGCCCCAUUUCCGGGACUGAUGCGGACAAUCCAGAGCCGCUGGUCGCGUCAACCGUCCUGGACGCCGCUUCGGUGCCCGAUCCUUCCUUUGCGUGUUCGUUUCUGACGCACGCGAGACGGCCUUGGUUCCACUACAUCGCUCCGGGCCUUCUUUUGCCCCCAGCUGACUCGUCUGGGUCCACCGACACGCACACACCGUCUCGCGUCUCUGCAGGACUGUAUACUGCGGCAGUGGAGAGAAACGGUCUUGACACGGCCGAGGAGGGAUUUCAGCUGUUGCUCCCGUUCACCUUCAAUGCUGGUCGGGGCAGGAGCGUAGGUGCACGAAGAAGCGAUGGGGGGCUUGUUGAUAGGGAAAGCGUUGCAGACCUCUUUCAGCAUGGAUUCAAGCCUUUUGGUGGUGACCACUACCGCCCUCAGCGGCUGGAGCGUUUGUUGGAUUGCUGGCGCAAGCUGGUUGAAGAAGGCGUCUGGUCUGUUGGGCCGGAAGGGGUAGAAGGUACUAUCAAUACCUUCAGAGAUGCUGAGUCGGAUCGUUGGGAGGAUUAUUAUAUCCCUCUCACAUUGUAG